UGUGCGAGUCGCCGGCGGCGAUGGUGGGAGGCUCCGAGGAUUCCCGCGCGUGCUCAGCCCGCUAAGUUCAAAUUUGCGAUCGCACAGUGCUUGGACAGCGUGCGUUGUCAGUUCCAUGGUCACAAGGACAACGGCGAGUUGCAUCGAACGAUAUUUCUUACGGAUUUCGUGAUGGCCCUGUUGAUUCCAUUCUUGCGGCUAGUGGUACUGCUCAUUCCCGUCGCGUAUGCCCUCCAAGCUACCCUGCCGGUUGCGGAGAGCCUCACUUCAGUUUCUUGCACCUCUCACACCAACUGCAGCAGCUGCCUCACCGUACCUCAGUGCGCGUGGUGUGGACAAGAGGACUUUUCCCGUGGAAAUGUACGUUGCAACAUAAAGAGCGACCUCCUGGCCAAAGGAUGCGCCGAAGAAUUCAUCGAAAGCCCCGUGGGACGUCUCUUGUCCAUUAAGCAACUUGAGCAUGCUGGAUCAGAUGUUCAACUUCAACCUGAGAGCGUGCGCUUGGAAUUAAGACAGAAUGAACCGCUGAAAUUCGAUGUGACGUACAGGCAAGCUGAGGACUACCCCGUCGAAAUGUACUAUCUCAUGGAUGUGACGCACUCGAUGAAGGACCACAAAGUCAAAGUUGCUGAAUUAGCUGAAAACCUCAUGGCUACUAUGUUGGAGAUGACAAAGCAGUUCAGACUUGGCUUUGGAUCUUUCAUUGACAAAGUGGUCAUGCCGUAUGUAGAUACUACUCCAGCCAGACUGGAGAACCCUUGCCACGGCGAGCAGUGCGAGCCGCCAUACGGAUUCCGGAACAAUCUUCCUCUGACCACCAACACCACACUUUUCCGAGAUACUGUUUCCUCUACUGGACUCUCCGCAAACUUGGAUAAUGCAGAAGGCGGUUUUGACGGCAUCAUGCAAGCAAUUGUAUGCAAGGAGAAAAUAGGCUGGAAUAACCGAUCCAGGAAGAUUUUGCUCUUCGCAACGGACUCCAUAUUUCAUUAUGCGGGUGACGGACUUCUGGGUGGUAUCAUCAAGCGCAACGACGAAGAAUGUCAUCUCGACGAGGAGGGCUAUUAUACAGAAAGCGUACAUCAGGAUUACCCGUCACUCAGUCAAAUAGUGAGUGCCGUUGAGAAGAACAAGAUCAACUUGGUGAUCGCUGUUCCUGAAGGAGCGUACGAUGUCUAUAGACAAAUGAGCCAAUUUGUCCAAGGUUCGGCCGUUGGCAAGCUGGAAGGUGACUCAUCCAAUAUCGUCGACCUCGUGAGAGACCAAUAUUACAAAAUUCGCUCAGAAGUGGAACUGAAAGACACCGCGCCGGAUUUUCUUCGCGUGAGCUACAAAUCUAGGUGUUUAGGGAAGACUGUGGGUUUGACUAACGUGUGCAGCGGAGUCAAAGUAGGGGAUCAGGUGGAAUUUGGUGUUGAAGUUGAAGCCGUGGGAUGCCCUGCGAACCCAAACGAGAGCUACACUUUCCGGAUAUCUCCCGUUGGAGUGAAUGAGUAUGUGGAAGUGGAGGUUUCGGUUUUCUGUGACUGCAGCUGCAAAGACAGUGAGGAGGUGAACAGCACUCGAUGCUCGGAGCACGGAACGUAUUCUUGCGGAGUCUGCUCUUGUGACACCAAAUAUUCGGGGCUACACUGCGAGUGCCUCGAUAAGGACAUCGACAUGCACAGGGCUCUCUGCCAACCGAGUAAUUCCACAACAGAGCUAUGCAGCGGCAGAGGCGAUUGCAUCUGUGGUCAAUGCGAAUGCCACACGAGUGCAGCGGGUCGUAUCUUUGGUCGCUGGUGCGAAUGCGACACAUUCUCCUGUGCAAGAGACGCUCUGUCGCACGUUUGUGGAGGAGACGAGCGAGGCGAGUGUUGUGGCGGAGAAUGUCUUUGCAAGGACGGAUGGACGGGGUCGGACUGCUCUUGCACCACGGACACAUCGACAUGUGUGGCCCCCGGAGAAGACAGGAUAUGCAGCGGACACGGAGAAUGCGUCUGCGGUGCUUGCGUUUGCCAAGCUGAUGAAAGAGGACGUUACGCCGGCGACUUCUGUCAAGACUGCAGUGCGUGUGCAGGAAGGUGUUCGGAGUUCCGCAACUGCGUGCAGUGCAGCAUAUUUGGCAGCGGCGAGCUCAGCGAGGCAGAAUGUAGGCACAACUGUUCUGAACUCAACAUCAUCGAGGUUGACGCUGCAGAAGCAACCAAGCCAGAUGCCCGAAAGUGCGUCUUCAAGGAUGAUGAUGACUGCUCAUUCAUAUUCGUCUACUAUUAUGACGACAAGAACUCCCCCGUUAUUGAGGUGCAGACUACAAAAGAGUGCGGUCCGGGUGCCUACCUGUGGUACAUAGUAGGAGGUGUCAUCGGUGGGAUUCUGCUGGUCGGCCUUUUCGUCGUCUGCGUUCUGCGAUUUGUGAUUUACCUCAAGGACAAGAUGGAGUACGAAAGAUUCGAAAAGGAACUUGAAAGCACGCAAUGGGGAUCGGGAACCAAUCCUCUAUUCAAGGGAGCAGUGUCCAACUUCAGCAAUCCCAUGUACGAGAAGGGUCACAGCUCCGCCAUAUCAACCGGAUAAAGCUUCACAUGGUGCUCCUAUAGUUCUCACAAAGUGUGCCAUAAUACCACUUCUCGGAUAUGUUCCCGUUCAUGCUUUGUCUUUUUUUUUUUGAGAGAGUGAGAGCAAUUUACGUGCAGCGCAUCAUAGGGCUUGCAUCAAUGGAACCAAAGUGCUACAAACCAGACUUGUGCCCGUUACCGAAAAAAAGGAACUAAAUACCGUUACCCGUUACUUCAGAAAAAAGUAACUAAAUACGUUACUCGUUACCAACAUACAAAAGUAACGAGUUCUCGUUACUCACAGGUAACGAGUUACUUUUACGUUACCGCAGCAUAUUUAAAGGAGCCAACAAACACGCCGUCACUUGCCUUCAACUCUUUAUUAAUGAGGAAUUGCACUUCAGGAGGAGCUGAUACUCGAAAUUUGUCGUCCGUCCUUCGUGUUCCGUGUCUCUCGGCCUGUUACCAUGAAUCUAUAUCAGUUUGCCUGGACCUUCUCCCUUGUUUCCGAAGUGGGGGUGAUCGGAGAUUACGAAAAAACAAGAAAAAAAAACACUGGUUUUCGUUCCACGGAUCACCAACGGUUCCCCAAAACAGACGAGGGGCUGCGUCAUAAUUUAGAGCGCUCAGAAGCUUAGCAAAGAUAAGAAAAGUCGAAACGCGUUUUUUGUAGCCAUAGCACAAUUGGUGGCCAUUCUUGGGAAGGAGUGAUGGUCAGAGAUUACGGAAACAAGAGAAAGGACAACAACACAUCCAGUGAGGGACUGCAAUAAUACUUUAAGUCACACGUCACGCAGGUCAAAUCUGCAGGCAUUGCGCCACACGGAAUGCCGAAAUGUGCUCCCAGUGCUCAAGAAAAGGAACGAGUAACGUCAGUAACGAGUUACCAAUUUUUGUAACUGAUUCCGUUACUAUUACAAUUUUUUAAAAAGUAACUGAAUCGUUACUUCGUUACCAAAAAAAGUAACCGUUACCAAGUAACGAGUUACUUGUAACGCGUUAGGCACAACUCUGCUACAAACGAGCUUUAAAUAGAGCAGUAACUUAGUCAUUGUGUGGAAAAACGUUGUGUGAACUGUGAGUGGAAAAGCACUGUUUGGCUACGAUGUGCAUUUGGACACGAAACGUAGAAAAGCAAAGUCUGCGCAAUAACCGUGCAUUUGAUUUUUCUUUUCGUCGGUCGUUGAAUAAGGCUGCCCUUUUUUUCUUCAUUGUUCCUAUAUAGUGUUCUUCCUUGUGUCAUCACUCUCGCUAUUUUCUAAAUAUUUAUCUAUCUACAUUUCGGUGCACGAUACGCAUUUUGUACACGUGACGUCACUCCCAGUGAAGUGCCACGGUGGGAUUUCCUACCAUGGUGUAGGCCCUCACCUUCAAUCUAUAGGUUCAGCGCCUGCACAAGCUUAUGAAGGCGUAGUUGGUACCAAUCCAAGGUGUGUAGACAGCAAAAAGACGCGGACAGAAGAACGAUGACACGGACUGCUGCUAACUCUCAACUGAUAGACUUUAUCGGACGA